GUGGCGAUGGCAGCAAAGAGCCCCGCAGUUGUGACUCCCAAAAGACCUGUCUUAUCUGUUAGCGCAAGGAAAAUUAAGGAUAACGCAGCAGAUUGGCAUAAUUUAAUGAUGAAAUGGGAAAGCUUGAAUGAUAAGGGUUUCACGGCUGCCAACAAAAUUGUGAACCUGAAAAUUAGCACACAAUUUAAAGAUAGGCUGGAAAUUGAAUGUGAGAACCCUACUCAAGACUCUGGAAAGCUGUCUCCUCACUAUAAUGAAGAAUUGGAGAUGUAUUGUACAGAAUUACUUGAGAUACUGGAAAACAUGAAAAAAAUACAACUGAAAAUGGAAAAACUAACUUCAACUACAAAAGGAGUCUGUGACUUGGAAACAUACCACUCUGGGGAUGGAAACUGCAAGGCACCCCUCUUUCACACAUGGCCCACUUCGUAUUUCUAUGAGACUUCUCUCAAGCUCUCUGAGAUGUACAAGGAGGAACUACAGCUAAAGCAGACAAUUGUGCAAGAGAUUGCUCAUACCGCUGAUGAGGAUCUUAUGAUGGUGUAUUUAUCAUCAUGGUUGUACCAGCCCUACAUUGAGAACAGCAGCAAACUAUUACUAGAAAGCAUGUUGCUGGAAACAGGACACAGACCAAUCUAGCAUUUCAAAUAAGAUUUGCAAAUCUUGUUUCUUGUGGAACAGCAACUGCAGCAGACCACAACGUUAAGUACAUUAGUAUUUUAAUAAUUUCUAUAAAAUAUAUUUUCCUCUAACUGCA